GCCAAAUAUAAGAAGAAGAAGAAGAACAACGUUGAAAGUGCUUGAAUGAUGUACUGAAGCCUGGGAUCGUGGUCCAUACACGUGUAGAGUCAAUUGGAGGAUAGAUGGGUAUCUAGGGGCGCACAGGCACAAGCGUUGCUAUUUGAAUCGAAAUUUUCUCUCUGGCAAAGGGUCUUGUGAACUGGUUUCGACGUCGACGAUUUGUUUUUAAGUGCAGCUCUGACUGGUGAUACCAGAGCAUAACGAUGAAGUACAUCCUUGUAACUGGUGGAGUCAUCUCAGGGAUCGGCAAAGGCAUCAUUGCGAGCAGUGUGGGCACAAUCCUGAAGUCAUGUGGCCUGCAUGUUACUGCCAUCAAGAUCGACCCUUACAUUAACAUUGAUGCAGGCACAUUUUCACCCUAUGAGCAUGGGGAAGUGUUCGUGCUGGAUGACGGGGGUGAGGUUGACUUGGAUCUUGGUAACUACGAACGCUUCCUCGACAUCCGGCUGACCAGAGACAACAACCUGACCACUGGCAAGAUCUAUCAGUCAGUCAUCAACAAAGAGAGGAGGGGAGACUACCUGGGCAAGACUGUGCAGGUGGUGCCACACAUCACUGAUGCCAUCCAGGAAUGGGUUGUGAAACAGGCCCUGGUGCCAGUUGAAGACGACCACGUAGAACCUCAAGUUUGUGUGAUAGAGUUGGGAGGCACGGUUGGAGACAUAGAGAGUAUGCCUUUCAUCGAGGCCUUCAGGCAGUUCCAGUUUAAAGUGAAGAGAGAGAACUUCUGCAAUAUUCACGUCAGUCUGAUACCACAGCCCAGCGCAACAGGAGAGCAAAAGACCAAACCAACACAGAACAGUGUCAGAGAGCUGAGAGGACUGGGUUUGUCCCCUGAUCUGAUCAUGUGUCGCUGUUCCACUGCUCUGGAGACCUCUGUCAAAGAAAAGAUCUCCAUGUUCUGCCACGUAGAACCUGAACAGGUCAUCUGUGUGCACGACGUGUCGUCCAUCUACAAAGUACCGCUGCUGCUGGAGAAACAGGGUGUGGUGAGCUACCUGAGCAGGAGACUGAACAUGCCCAUAGAGACUCGACCCAGGAAAAUGCUGACUAAAUGGAAGGAGAUGUCUGACAGGUCAGACAGACUGCUAGAGCAGUGCUCCAUUGCACUAGUUGGGAAGUACACCAAGUUUUCUGACUCCUAUGCUUCUGUUAUCAAGGCCCUGGAGCACUCAGCCCUGGCCAUCAGCCACAAAUUGGAGGUUAAGUAUGUAGACUCAGCGUAUUUGGAGCCAAGCACUCUGCAGGAGGAACCAGUGAAAUACCACGAGGCAUGGCAGAAACUCUGCAGUGCUGAUGGCGUCCUUGUUCCAGGAGGUUUUGGUGUCAGGGGAACUGAAGGAAAGAUUCAUGCCAUCAACUGGGCCAGGAAUCAAAAAAAACCCUUUCUAGGUGUGUGUCUUGGGAUGCAGUUGGCUGUAUGUGAAUUUGCCAGAAACACGCUCGGCUGGACAGAUGCCAACUCAACCGAAUUUGACCCCGAAUCAAAGCAUCCUGUGGUGAUCGACAUGCCCGAACACAACCCCGGGCAGAUGGGAGGAACUAUGAGGCUCGGGAAGAGACGGACCAUUUUCAAGACCAACAACAGCGUAUUGCGCAAGCUUUAUGGAGAUGCAGAAUAUGUGGAUGAAAGGCACCGACAUCGCUUUGAGGUCAAUCCUGAGCUCAAGAGUCACUUUGAAGAGAAGGGCUUCCGCUUCGUAGGUCAAGACGUUGAAGGGGAAAGAAUGGAAGUCAUAGAGCUUGAUGAUCAUCCAUAUUUUGUCGGAGUGCAGUAUCACCCGGAGUUCACUUCUCGCCCCAUGAAGCCUUCCCCCCCGUAUCUUGGUUUGCUGCUGGCUGCAGCCGGGAAGCUGCAGAGCUACUUACAGAAGGGCUGCCGUCUGUCUCCACGGGAUACAUACAGCGAUCGAAGCAGCAGCAGCAGCCCAGACUCUGAGAUAUCAGAGUUGAAAUUGCCUUCCAUCUCAAAUGAAUAACACUGGUACACCACACAAUAAAAUUUUCCAGUUUUCAUGUGCAAAUU